AUGGCCCGCUGCUUGGGGCCCGUGCUGCUGCUGUUAUUGCUACUGGGGUCGGAGAGCUCCGCCGGAGGGAACCGAUGUGUGGACGCGGCCGAGGCGUGCACGGCGGACGCGCGCUGCCAGCGGCUGCGCGCCGAGUACGUGGCGCAGUGCCUGGGGCCGGGUGGCUGUCCCCGCGCCCGCUGCCGCCGCGCCCUGCGCCACUUUUUCGCCCGCGGUCCGCCCGCGCUCACCCACGCGCUGCUCUUCUGCCCGUGCUCCGGCCCCGCGUGCGCCGAGCGCCGACGCCAGACCUUCGUGCCUGACUGCGCCUUCUCGGGGCCGGGCCCGGCGCCACCGCCCUGCCUCGCGCCCUUAGACGCCUGCGAGCACAGCCCGCUCUGCAGGUGCGCGCGGGGGAGGCGGCGCAGGUGCGCACGAGCGGGGGGCGGGGUGGGGCCGCUCGCACGCUCACCGCGCCCCCGCCGCGCCACGCAGGCCCCGCCUCCUGGCCUUCCAGGCCUCCUGCGCGCCGGUCCCCAGCGCCCCCGACGGCUGCCCGCGGGACCAGGGCCCCCGCUGCUUGCGAGCAUACGCAGGCCCCUUGGGGUCUCCGCAGGUACCGCCGUCACCCCCAACUACUUGGACAACAUGAGCGCGCGCGUGGCGCCCUGGUGCGACUGCAGAACCAGCGGAAACCGGCAUGAGGAGUGUGAAGCCUUCCGGGGGCUCUUUACAAGGAACCGCUGCUUGGAUGGUGCCAUAAAGACCUUUGAGAGUGGGUGGACCCCAAUCCUGCAGGACCAGCUGGACCUCCACCGGAACCCUGAGCAGGUGUCCUCUGCAGUUGGGUCCCUGGAGGGGAGCUCCCUGCUCUUCAUACUCCCUGUCCUGGCUCUCCAGGCCCUGCUCUGA